AUGGCUUUUCAAAUUCAUCAAGAUUUUCGGAAGCGAGGUCGGAAUAAUAUAAUAAAAAACGUUACAUUUGAACAGAAUCUUCAAAAACCAAUAUCGAAAAUACCGAUUAUAAAAGAAAUAUCAUUGAAAGGUGAUAAAAAUUGUGUAUUAGAAAAGAAAAGUUUCUUAGACAAUCGCGAAGUGCUUCGACAAAAAGAAAAUAAUGUUCUUAACAAAUCAAAAAUAAAAACCGAAGAUCCAUCGGAAUUCAAUUCAAAAGAGGAAAAACAUGUCAAGGAUCUACUUCCUACUCUUGUUGAAGAACCAUUUUUGCCAAUCGAAAAAGAAAAUAGGUUGAUAGACGAUGACCCAAAAAAAGAAAGUUUUCCAUUAAGUCUUCUGUACAAUGUGGAAUACAGAGAGGAAAUCAGGGCUUACCUCAGCAAGUUAGAAAAAACCGUGCCCCUACCAAAUCCUUCAUACAUGAAAAAACAAACAGAAAUCAACUGGGAAUCUAGAAGUAUUUUAGUAGAUUGGUUAGCUAAUGUCAGCGAGAAUUUCAGUUUUUGCCAUGAAUCCUUCCAUUUAGGCGUUGGUUACAUCGAUCGGUUUUUGGAAAAAAUUUGUGUUGCCAGAAACAAAUUUCAGUUAGUUGGAGCAGCUGCAAUGAUGCUAGCUACUAAAAUGGAGGAAUACUAUCCGAUUGAUGCCAAGGAAUGGGCAAGUCUAACUGAAAAUACUUUUUCGUCAAAACAGGUACUUUUAAUGGAGCAGGUUAUCUUAAAAGUAUUGAAGUUUAGAAUGCAGGUACCAACCAUUAACAAUUAUAUUCAGAUGUUCUCAACUGAGCACAAGAUGGAUGACACGACAAUGAAUUUGGCUAUGUACAUCAGUGAAUUAGUUCUUUUGGAAGGCAACGAUUAUCUGAAUCUACUUCCAUCCAAAUUGGCAGCCGCUUGUGUAGCGUUGGCUCGCUACACUUUGUGGAAGCGCAUUACGUGGCCAAAGAGGUUGAAAAAAGUUAGUGGAUACUCCUUGAAAGAUCUCAG